AUCCUCCUAACUUGACUCUCCUGUACUUCCAGUUCUUCUGUUGCUGCUUCAACUUCAUUCAUGUGUCAAACUCCGGAGCUCUGAAUCCUUAGAGAUCAUGAGGUUAGGGCGAGGGAAAGCGUCAAGAGAGACCAUGUCCGUCUUCCUAACGUGUAGUUCUGCUUUUACAUCUUUCAAAAGUCGUCGAUUCAUUCUUUAGUUGACGUCGAAUGAGGCUAGUAGGAGCGACCGACAAGCAACUUUAUUAAGCCCCAGCGGCAGUCGUUCGUGGAGCGGAGAGUCGCCUUCGUGCCCCACCGUUCGAAAAACCCUCCAAUGAAAUUGCUUUUAUAGACCGACUUAGUUAUGUUUACAGGGUCCAUGUUUAAGGUUUGCCUACGGAAGGCUCUCUGGCCGGCGGUACAGAAGUUACCGUCGGGGUUGAAGAAGUCUCCAGCGGCGGCGGUGGAAGCGCUGGGACUCCCGGGGACAGCGCGACAUGUACCGAGCUGCUGGAUGGGAACACAUGGGAGAAACGAACCGAGGGAGACGCUCAACUGUCCCACCAGGGCCAAAGAGUUCAUUUAUCGCCUACACCCGAGUGAGAGGACGUGCUUACUGAAGGAGCUGCAGAUCUUCGAGUCCAAAGCCAUCGCUCAAGAGACUCUGGAGCCAUCAGCGCCGACUGGAGCCCAGAUCAGAUAUGUUUUAUUCCACAACGCCGUCCCCUUUAUUGGAUUUGGUUUCCUGGAUAAUGCCAUCAUGAUUGCAGCAGGAACACAGAUUGAACUCUCCAUCGGAGUCACUCUGGGGAUCUCCACCAUGGCUGCUGCAGCCUUGGGGAACCUGGUGUCAGAUCUGGCAGGUCUUGGUCUUGCAGGUUACGUGGAGGCUUUGGCUUCCAGGCUGGGGAUGCAGGUUCCUGAUCUGACGGCCAAACAGGUGGACAUGUGGCAGACCAGGCUCAGCUCUCAUAUGGGCAAAGCCAUCGGCAUCACCAUCGGCUGCAUUCUGGGAAUGUUUCCGCUGCUUUUCCUGAGCGACGACGACGAAGAUGACAAGCAGAAAGGGGCAAAAGCACAUCCCAGCAGCGAAGCAGCAUCACACUCCUCCUAACAAUCGGCUCCAUCCACCACAGCAAACCGGAUUCGGUUUCAUGUCAACAUCACUAAAGAGUAUUUCUUCAGGAGGAUUCCCUGCUGUGCUACUCAGGCGGCUUCUCCCCUCCUGCUGAAUUCAAACAAAGCAGCGUUACUAAAUAAUUCUUCUUUUGAUAUUUGGCAUCUAUUGAUUCGGUUUGUCAGUUGUGCAGGUAUCACAUUUAUUUAUAUUCAGUAAUAAUAAGUCUCCAUCAUGAGGUCCGGUUCCUCAUUGAUUCUACUGUCAGCUCCUAGAAGACUGAUUGCUGGCAUUCAAAGAAACACUAAAACUCAUUUUUAGUCCCUAAACUCUGAAAAGGCUGCUGCUUUCAAACAUACUUUUAAAGAAACUAGUUAACAUUUGAAGAAGAUUUAUUUCUACUAGUUUGAUCAACAUAAUAUGCUAUAGUAUGUUUGUUUAACAUGGGGAUUUUACAGUAUCCACAUAUAUGAGCUAAAUGUUAGCUUAGCAGCUACCAAACUGUCCUAAAACAAUCAUGUGUUCUAAAUUUAUAAGAUAAUUAGCUUUAAAAUCGAUUAGAUAAAGGGUAACUCUGCAGUAAUGACAGAUGAGGGUCAAGCGUUAUGUUUUUCGAUUCAGGGGGUGUUCUGGUUUUCUUUGCUGGGAAUUAACAACAAACUACAUUUUUUCUAUUGUUGGACUGUUGACAAGCAGUUUAGUUACCGAUUCCUGCUUUGUUUCUGAUUCAUGUUUUAGAUCAGAAGUUGUCUGGGGUGGUUAGCCUUUUAUAUCUGGGGGACUCUGAUGAGUCCUGCUCUAAAACAACACAAUAUUCUGCAAUCAUGACCAGUGAAGGUGGAAAAUAAACGGGAAGUUUGACAGUAAUCUUUGCUGUUCCUUCGAUUUGAACAGUGGUAUAGAUUAGGGACUGGCCUGGUAGAGCUUCUUAUGCUAUUUUAACCUUAAGUAAAAAUACCACAGCAUCAAGGUUAGACUUAACAUAAAAGGUAUAGAUUCAAUCCCCUUUGGGUAAGAACCGAAGAGAACGACUCUUCUUAUAUGGUUAUUAUGAUUCUGUUUAUAAUUAUGAAUUUAAUCAUUAUUUUGUGUUUGACACAUCAGUAAAACGAAGAACAAACCUUUAGUUGAGUUGAAACGAUUGUUGUGUGGAAUAGUUUACAUUUACAGUUAGACUGUCUGCUGUUCUUACCAGUCUGCUCACCAGGGAUGCUACUUGAAGCUUGUUAACUACUUUAAAGCAGUCUAACCAACAGGAUAGAUGAGUAGCACUACUUUAGUUGUAGUUUUUGGCUUUUUCUCGCGUUUUCCUGCUAAAUCAGUCCAGCUAUUGCAAACAAAACUCAUCUGCUCACCGAAUAAAGACGGCUGCAUAUGCAGAGGGCUGGGGAUUUACUGGCUUCGAAUGACUUUUACUUCGAUGCCUUAGCAGCACUUAGACAUUUUAUUUAUAGUUUUCCUUUCUAGUUCCCAGAAUCACUUUACUUUUCAAUGUUUCCAGGUAGAUCUAUUCAGUGGACUGAUUUUAAACUGAUUAGAAGGCAGAGAAUAUUCAUUU